AUGGACCAACUGCUAGGGGUGUCCCAAGCGCCUGCGUCAUCAGCUUCAUCAGUGGCGCAACCUGUUAGGGCUAGGCGGCGGCACCGGCCCGCAAGCACCACCGACACGACGUCGACCGACGGUACUGUUGCCUCGGGGUCACAGCCAGCUAAGAAGAACACCCAAGGGCCGUGUCGGCAGCUGAAGACGGCGAAGGUCACUCGGGUGACCAACAGUCGUAUCUGCAUCGGAUACGAUGAGCGCCAUCGGGCUGCACCGACAGCGGAAUUGCAUAGAUCCUUGGCCCACGACAUUGGCCACGUCGUUCGGACCCAUUGCCCGAUGCACUGGAAGUCUUGGAAGGUCAUACCUGACGAGAUCAAGAUGGAGGUUCGCGGCCAGUUUAAUUUAUUGCAAACGAACUAUAAUUUAGAGGACCUCAACGAGGAGUCGUUGGCGUACGUCAACAGACUCUUCUGUGAGAGGUACAAGCAGUGGAAGAGCGACUUGCACCACCAUUUUCAGGCGUUUGAUGAUCCGGAAGUCGCUCUUCGGGAGGGUUGCCCGAAGGAGCUCGAGAGGCGGGGGAUAGUUGGGCAUGGCUCUGCACUCAUUUUCAGGCGCCCGAUUAUGUGGUAUUUAAUAAAACCCAAGUGA